UGGAGGCGGUCCCCAACACCUGCUUGUCCUUUCCUUGCCUGACCAUUUCUGUGUUGGCCCUGAUGUGAUUGAAGUUCUGUGGAAGCUUCUCAUUAUAACUGCCUGCUUGGGAACCUGUGCCUUUCUCAUUUACCUGUGGAGAACCAUCCUCGCUGUAAAGCCUCGACAACAUGAAGACCAAAUAAAGAGUAAUAUUAAUCAGGUGCAAAGGGAAAUCAAGGAAAUUGAAAAAACCAUAGCCAGUUGGGAGGAGAAGGAGAACAUCAGAAAGGUGGAGGUCAUCAAUGAAAAUUUGAAGGACACCCUUCGUCUUAAACAGGCUCUCUCAGAAGCUAUGAACUCCAGAGAUAACCAGACUGUGGAUGUGGUCCAAGAUGAAUUGGAUGAUGAAGUGCUGAGAGCCGUCACAUGCAAAAACCAAGAACUGAAAGAGAGCGAAAGGUUCCUGGAAGACCGGUAUAAUGCCCUGAGUUCUCAGAAAACAGCUAAAGAAGCGGAAUUGAACCUGCUAAGGAAGAAAGUGGAUAUGAUGGUGGAGUUCAGUGAACAACAAAAACGGACUGCAGAAGAGAAGUUAGAAGAGACCAUUAAUGAACUGAAUGCAACCAGGAAUGAGCUGUCAGCUGCCAAAGAAAAGCUGAAGGUGACCGAAGAUGAAAUGGAGAAGUAUAGACAACAAGUGGAAGACAUGCAGCACCAGCUGCCAGAGGCGGAGUUGACCUUCCAAAGCCAGAUCGCAGUCCAGGAGAGGAAUGCUGUGGCUAACUGGAUGAGGGCUCGGGAUUGGGAGAGGAGGAUAGUGCAGCAGAGCAGGGAGAACGCCUACCUGAAACACAGAUUGCGCAUGAUAGAUGGGGAGAUGCUGCCUGUGGGACCCACGCGUCGCGGACCGAUGCCGGGAAGGCCUGAGUUCCAGAAGCCUCUGUGGCAAGCACCUAGACCGGUUCCCGGGAUGAACAGCCGCACCGGCCCUCAAAAGGGCCCCGAGAUGCCUACGGUCAGUACAGGUGUGGGAGUGUUUCCUCAUUGCCCAGGUCCCCUCUGUAUGCCCUACCACAGGGGGCAGAAUAUACCAGGCUUUCCUCCUCCUCCUCCAGCUCCACACUGGGGGACCUGGGGGCCUCGGCCCCAUCGCGUUCCUCCACCACACGGGCUUCCUUUCCACUCCGAAGCCUGUGGAGCUCAAGGGGACAAUAGCAGCCCUGUGCCCAAGAAGGUCCCAGUGGAGAACCAAUUGUGUCGGUGGAGCAAAGGCAGAGUUUGUGCUCAGGGCUUGGCAUUCAAGGGGAAACCGGGCUGGGGGCCCUUUGAAGAUGCUGAAGUUCCUCAGGACACACAUGCGUGUGCCUGGCUCUUUGCACACACUGAGCAGUGGGCAGGUGCCAUUGUUGGGAAGGAAGUGUCUCUGUCGCACAAUGGCAGACGUCUGUCUCUUACCGUCGUGCAUGUCCAGCAUCCGCCUUUGUUGUUCUGGGAGGGAUGA